UAAUUAAUUUAAGGAUCACGGCAUUCGCACACCGCCUCGCCGCGUUUAUCACGCAACCAAUCGUGCAGAGAUAAACAAACGAAACGGAUACGUUCCCAACUUUGACGACUCGCCCAUAUCAACAACAAUAUUAUAUAUUAUAUUUUUAUUUUAUUCAACUUACUUACAACAAAAUAUAAUAAUAAUAAUUAUUGUAUAUUGUAUUAAAUUUAUUCCAAACGUAAUUAAUGCUUUGUUUACUAUACCAGUACCGUAAUUUUAUAUAUAUAUAUAUAAAUUCAUAAUUGUAAGUGAUUAGUUAAGUUUUACACGUAAUAAAUUAAACCAGUUACCUAUACACAUUUGAGCUUUGGAACUUGAAGUUAUUACAUUCUCACUAUACUCGCUUUAAUCAUUGUUCAUCUUAAAACAAUAGUAGCCAUUUGUUAUGAUGGGUGAUGUGACUGCUGAAAGUCCUCCUGCUGAUGAUUUAAAUAACUCUGGUUCUUCUUCUUCUUCGUCGUCUGAUUCUGAUGGCGAAUCAAGUAGUUCUUGUACCAGUUCUUGUUCUUCUUCCUGCUCUGAAACACAUAAAAAUCAGUGCAAAGACUCCAGUUUCCCUAAUUGUGAUGAAGAUACCCCAGAAGAUACAGAUAUUCCACAGUCAAAUGGUCAGUCUGAAUGGAUGGUUUGUCAGCUUUGCCUGUACAAAGUGAAAACACCUUUACAAUUAAAACAACACAUGCGAAUGCACACUGAACAUAAAGUCCAUCGUUGUGCCAUAUGUAAUAAAACAUUUGAACAAGCCACUCGACUAGAAAAACAUAUAGCCAUACACUGUGGCGCAGAUAAUCGUUUUGAAUGUUCACUUUGUGGCAAAGUGUAUAAACUUCGAACUCAAAUUGUCAGCCACAUAGCAGCUCACAAAAAACAAAAUGCUGGGCGUCGUAUAUCAUAUACAUGCCACAUUUGCACAAAAAAAUUUUCAAACAAGUCAAAACUGAAGGAACAUGUAUCAGGACAUGAAAACGGAACACUGCAUUCAUGUGAUGUUUGUGGCCGAACUUUUAAAUUAAAUUCAUAUCUUGUUGUCCACAAAAGAACACAUGAGAUGAAUGUUUCUUAUACAGGGGAUAAACCAUUCACCUGUUCACUGUGUAAUAAGUCGUUUUUGAGCAAAAGUAACCUUGAUCUACACAUGCUGGUGCACAAUUACGUUAAAAAAGCAUCGUAUAGUUGUGACAUAUGUGGAAAAAUAUUUAUGCGCAAAUAUAACUAUGAUGCUCAUGUAAAAAUACAUGAAUAGUUUGUAAGUUUUUACCAUUUCAACUAACUUAUUAUUGCCACAAAAUUCUCCAUUAUGCACUGAAGCCGUUAUAAUUUUUAGUUUUUGUGAAUUUUUGUUUUUGAAAACUAAAAAAGCAUUAUUUUUUAAA